AUCAGAAUUUGUAUUUCGUAUACUACACAAAAUUUAUAAUGAAAAUUUACUUUGCAAACUAAAAAAAAGCCGAAAUUUUCGAAAAAGAAAACGAAAAAUUAAGACCUGUCUGACCAAGCUGCCUACAUUUUACUUAUAAAUUGAUGACAAGCGUGAAUUGUGAAGAAAUAAACUCAGUUAGCUAUCUUGCCACAAACAGUUCCAUCAAAAUGCAGAUCAUCACAACUUUAGCAGCGAUAUUCUGUUUAUUUGUAUCUAUAGAUUACUCAGCAGCAGAUUGGGUGAAUCACGGAGGCGAUUUAACAAACAGGAGGCAUGCUGGCGGAGAACUGUUGCUGAACCCUUUCAUGGUAAGAAACUUCUUGAGGCUAAGAUGGAGAUUCGAAGCCGGAAAAGACAUCUCUGCAACUCCGGCGGUGGCGAACGGAGUAGUGUAUUUUCCGUCAUGGAAUGGGUUCUUGUACGCAGUAAACGCGUUCAACGGAGAUCUUAUAUGGCGGCAGAAUCUGAGUGAGAUAACGGGACUGAGAGGAACAGGGAUAGUGGCGAACGUGACGGUGUCAAGAUCAACGCCGACGGUCAGUAGUGAUAGGCUGAUAAUCGGAAUAUAUGGACCAGCUUUUGUGAUUGCUGUUUCUAGAUUGAACGGAAGGCUUCUUUGGUCAACGCAGAUUGACGGUCGACCUCGAGCUGUUAUUACUGCAUCUGGAACUGUUCAUUCUGGGGCCUUCUACGUUGGGGUGUCAUCCCUAGAGGUGGGAUUGCCCGCAGGUGAAUGCUGCACAUUUAGAGGCAGUGUAGUCAAACUAAACCUCCAAACAGGUACAAUCAUCUGGCAAACCUACAUGCUUCCCGACAAUGGAGGCAAACUGGGAGGAUACGCCGGAGCCGCCGUGUGGGGCAGCAGCCCUGCUAUUGACAUUUUCAGGGGACAUGUGUAUGUCGCCACGGGGAACCUCUACAUAGCUCCCAAAGAAGUUUUGGAAUGUCAAGAGAAACAAAACAAUCAAACAACUAGACCAACUCAUCCUGAUCAGUGUAUCGGCCCUGAUGUCAACUUCAACUCCAUUGUAGCUCUUGAUCUUGAUUCCGGGAGGAUUCAAUUGAACAGACAACUGGGUGGCUACGACGUUUUCUAUUUUGUUUGUUUGAUUCCUAACAAUCCUGAUUGCCCUCCGGGACCUAACUUGGAUGCAGAUUUUGGUGCGGCUCCUAUGUUGCUUACCAUCUCUGUUAAUGGAACAAGUCGUGAUGCUGUGGCUGCUGCACAGAAGAGUGGGUUUGUGUGGUGUUUAGAUCGUGACAAUGGUAGAAUUCUCUGGUCCAAGAAAGCAGGACCGGGUGGAUUGGAGGGAGGAGGGCAAUGGGGUGCCGCCACAGAUGGGCGAAGAGUGUACACGAACAUAGUUAAUAGCAACCGCGAAAAGUUCACCCUCAAACCAAUGACCCAAACAACAACAGCUGGGGCAUGGGUUGCUUUAGAUGCUAAUUCAGGGGCAAUAUUAUGGUCCACGGCCAACCCCACAACGACACCGCCCAUGGCCCUGUGACUGUUGCUAAUGGAGUAUUAUUUGCAGGGUCUGUAGCCCCAAAUGGUCCUAUUUAUGCAAUUGACACCAGCAACGGCAAGAUUAUUUGGGCCUACAACACCGGCGCAACUGUUUAUGGGGGUGCCUCAGCCAAUUACGGUUGCAUUUACAUUGGCCAUGGAUACACAUUUGGGGCUGCUAGGUUCCAUCCAACUUGGACUCCAGGAACCUCACUGUUUGCAUUUUGCAUUGUGUGAAGCCUGUACGAAGAUCUCUCUGUGUUAAAAUUUACAUAAUAUAAGAAAAGAAAGA